AUGGCGGAGCCAGUGAGUCCCGUACGAGGUGCGACGGUGGCGGCGCCGCCACCGCCGCAGCAGGAGCCCUUCGCUUCGAACCUGUCAGCGGACACCAGAGCCUCUCAACGUAGCUUCCAGCCAGCCGCCAAGCGCAUGAAGGGAGAAGAGCGGAGCCUCAAAGGCCCUAAGCGCGUCAACGGCGAGGGCGGCGGCGGCGGCGGCAGCAGCAGCAAUAGGCAGCCGCCACAGCCGCCUCACAUACCAGUGGCGCCAACCCCGGUAGGUCACGGGAGCCCUGCCGUGUGGAGCCUCACCGCGUUUUCUUCGGGAGCCUGUGGUGGCGGUACCGCCACAACCAGCGGUGGGUCAUUCGUUUUCCCGCCUCAAUUGCCCCACAAGUUGCUACUGCCGCCGCCCUCUUCCCACUCUCACCAGUGCUUGGCCGCAGGCGUCGAUGGAGCAGGCGGCGGCAGUAGUAGCAAUAGCAGCAGCAGCAGCAGCGGUGGUGGUGGUAACAGCAAGAGCAAAAGGCCCAAGGAAAAACGCGACAAGGAGAAGAGGAAACUUGGGGCCCUGCCCGUGUCAGUUACAGUAAUAGGGGGAAUAGGAGCAGGCGGCGGCGGCGGCGGCCUCAGCGCGAGUGCUCGGGAGGAAAACGGCGACGUGAAGAUGUUACUUCAGCACCACCAUCAUCACUAUCACCACCGUCAGGAAGAUCAAAUUGUCAGAGACAAAAUGACUGAAAAGGAUAAUGAAAAACAGAAAGAGAAGAAGAAACAUAGGUCAGUGUCUGAAAUCAAGAAAGAAAAUGGAGAAAUGAAGCUAUUUCAGAAAGGUGUGAAGGAAAAACCAAAAAGCAAUUCAGAAGAUCUACAGGUUAAAAAGGUAAAGAAGAAAAAGAAAAAGAAACAUAAAGAAUGUGAAAAAAGGAAGCGUCCAAAAAUGUACAGUAAAUCUAUUCAGACCAUCUGCUCAGGAUUGCUUUCUGAUACUGAGGAUCAAGACGCCAAAGGCAUAGUUGAUAAUCACCUUAAGAAUUUCAAUGGAAAAAAUAUGGAUCCCAAGAAGAACUCUGAGUACAAGUUACAAGAGAACAGUGAGUUUCCAUUUGUCUCGUUAAAGGAGCCACGGGUUCAAAAAAAACUCAAAAGGUUGGACAUGUUGGAAUUCAAACAGUUCAUUCAUAUUGAGCACCAGCCUAAUGGAGGUGCUUCAGUUAUCCAUGCCUACAGUAAUGAACUCUCCCACUUGUCUCCUGUGGAGAUGGAGAGAUUUGCAGAAGAAUUUGUGGGUCUGGUUUUUAGUGAAAAUGAAAACUGUGCAGCUUACUAUGUAAUGGGAAUUGUUCAUGGGGCAGCUACUUAUUUACCUGACUUUUUAGACUACUUUUCAUUUAAUUUUCCCAAUUCGCCAGUGAAAAUGGAGAUUUUGGGAAAGAAAGAUAUAGAGACAACAACUAUGUCCAAUUUUCACGCUCAGGUAAAAAGAACGUAUUCCCAUGGUACAUAUAGAGCUGGCCCAAUGAGACAAAUCAGCUUGGUUGGAGCAGUUGAUGAGGAAGUGGGGGACUACUUUCCAGAGUUCCUUGAUAUGUUGGAAGAUUCACCUUUCUUAAAAUGUACUUUGCCAUGGGGGACACUUUCUAGUCUGAAACUGGAGAGUCGAAAGGACAGUGAUGAUGGCCCAAUCAUGUGGGUGCGUCCAGGAGAACAGAUGAUCCCUGUGGCAGACAUGCCAAAGUCACCUUUCAAAAGGAAAAGAACUACCAAUGAAAUAAAAAACCUGCAGUACCUACCUCGUACUAGUGAGCCUCGUGAAAUGCUGUUUGAAGACAGAACACGAGCCCAUGCAGAUCACAUAGGACAAGGAUUUGAACGACAGACUACAGCUGCUGUAGGAGUAUUAAAGGCAGUGCACUGUGGCGAGUGGCCUGAACAACCUCGUAUAACCAAAGAUGUAAUUUGCUUUCAUGCAGAAGAUUUCUUAGAGGUAGUUCAACGAAUGCAACUAGACCUGCAUGAACCUCCACUUUCACAGUGUGUCCAGUGGGUUGAUGAUGCAAAACUUAACCAAUUACGAAGGGAAGGCAUUCGAUAUGCCAGAAUUCAGUUGUAUGAUAAUGAUAUUUAUUUUAUUCCAAGGAAUGUUGUACAUCAAUUCAAGACAGUUUCAGCUGUGUGCAGUUUAGCUUGGCAUGUUCGGCUGAAGCUUUAUCACUCAGAAGGGGAGAAUCAAAGCAUCUAUGAAAAAGGCCCACCAACAGAUCCUAUAUCUUCUGUUAUAGGACUUCAGACUGACAAUGUAACCCAUGCAGCAAACAUACAUGCCUCUGAGGACACCAAAUUUUUAGGCAAUUUGCAAACUAAAUAUAUAAAACAGGAACUUUCACGCACACAGCAUGAUCCUGCUGCACCUCUCCGAAGUAAAGAAGAACCUAUUACUGAUACUCUUCCUGAAAAGACUAUAGUACCCAGUGCUACAGAAUGUCAAAAUAUUAAAGCAAACCUGGAUCAUGGUCAGCUGACAGGGCCUAAAUUUGAAAUGGACUCCAAAUUUGAACCCAAUGACAAAGACUUACAGGACAACUUGUGCCCAGGUCAUCAUGUGAAUCUGGAAGAUACAAGACAAAGCAGUUCAGCAUAUCCACGUCUGCAUGGCAAACAAGAUGACUUUUCGUGUUGAAGCUGUUGUACAUAUGUUUUUAAAUUCCUUUUUAAACAUAAUGAAAUAAUAAUGUAAAAAUGCUUAAAUUCUGUGAGGCAAGUUUGUUACUUGUCAUCACAUCUGUUACAGAAGAUAGCUUAUGUAGCUUUGUAACAUUCCUCAGUGCCUGUCCAUAACUGUGAAAGUAUCAAAGCACUUAGGGCCAGAUGCACUGUAAACACUGCAGGUGUAACAUAAGAAGUCUUUAAAUAUGAGUUGUAGGUUUUAGAAUAGAGCUGACAUUUAACAUAUAUUUUUUGUAAGAUAAGCCAGAAUUCUUUUUGACAAUUCCAGGCUUUUCCAUAGAGCUUAUUUAUACCAAUUUUUUUCUUUUUAAUGUGUCAGCACUGUAGUGUAAAUAGCUUUUUUAAAAGAAAUCUUUUUAGUGUGAUUUAUAUUGAAAUGUGAGCCACUUAAUAAAGGUUCAUAAUAACAAUAAUGGGUUUUAUUUUUGGGUCCCAAAACAGAAAAGUCAAAACCCUUUAAGCUAUUUUUAAAUGUUCAGUCUUGCAAAAAAAGUGAAUAUUCUUAUGAGGGAACCAAAUGCAUUUAAGUUAGAUACAGUCUUUUUGUUGAAUUUUCACAAAAUCUCACUUCAGAGAUGAAUUUGGAGGUAUUUCAUGUGGUGGUUAAACAUGCAAUGAACCUCUCUUGCCCUUUCAUCUUUUACUCACUUACUGUUUAUAAAUCUUUAAUGUGAUAAGUUUCAGACACAAACAAUUGUCAGUUUUAAUUUGUUUGAAAAUAGAUUGCCUUAAAUGUUGUGCUAAAUCUGAGGGGCCCAAUCCAUCUUAAGAUAGCUUUGAGUAAAUCCAACUUAAAGCCAGUGCCAUGGUGUGACUCAGUAAGUCCUAUUCCUUCAUGUGGAACUUUGUAAUAACUAACUUUAAGAGGAUUGAGGUUUGUGAAGUAUACACUGCCUUUCCUCUGCCUACUUCCUUAUUCCCCUAAGUAGAGCAAGACUAACACAUUAUUUGGAAAAGUUUCUAAAAAUCAGCAAAAAAUCAGCUUAAAGUGCUUUGGUGUCCUGUACGGUGGUGCUUGUAAUCACUAAAUGUAGUUUUUGAAGCCUUCUUUUGCAACCUGAAAAAAUCUGGAAAAUGAAGCAGACCCCAGUCAUGCAGAGAUAGGUUUCCAAGAAUGGAUGGCAUCUGGAACAUGACCUGACUUUUGGAAGAAUCCAGUCAGAUUAGAUAUUUUUAGCCUUGAGUUAAUAACUACAUGUAUAUUUCAGGAUUCAUUUCACAAUGAUAAAGGUUAAAAGCAUUGCCAGAAACAUGUUCUUUGGAUUUUGAAGUGGAAUAAUAGAAAAUCUGAUAACAAAUCAUCACUAUGAAUUUUUAAGCACUUAUGUAUACUUAUUGCUGGAAGUCCCCGUAACUGAAUGCAGUUCAGAAUCAUUUUGUACUAGAGAAACGAGGGUAAGGGUGCUGUUGCAGAGCUCAACAUUUAAUGCAUUUUUGAGAUAGCUUCUUUAAUAGAUGCUGUCUUGUAAAGUUUGACCAGCAGAUGGGAAAGUUGGACCACAGGCUGCUGGACAUUCCAAACCUUUAAAGAUAUAUAAAAAGAGAUGACAAGUGCAAUGGUUAGCUACAUCAUCAUAAUGUAGUUAAUGAUUGUGUCGAUGAUUGUGUUAAUUGUGAUGGUUUAGAUUCUGCAAACAAAUACAUAGAGCCUGCCAUACUGCCCUUUCCAUUUUAGAAGUAUAUAAACAAUAUGAACUAAAAUGUAGGCUUCUCUGCAUACUUUGAAGAAAUGGGAAAAGCUGUAGCUCGAUGACAGAGCAAAUGCUUUGCUUGUAAAAGGCCCUAUCUUCAAUCCCUGCCACUGUCAGGUAAGGUUGGGAAAGACUUCUUUCCCUAAAACACUAGAAUACGAUUGCCGAAAUGUGUAUACUAAUGAACCAUGGCUUGUCUUACUAUAAUAUAGCUUCCUGUGAUCCUCUGUACUACUGUCUUCCAAGGAUUGUACCACCUCACAAUGAAGGUGGGGAAGUGAUUGACACUGAGGAGAUGUUGAAUGUUCUCCAAGGAAAGCUGUUGAGUUGAAAAGAGUUGAGUCUUCUCCUGAAAACCUUAUUUUCUGUGUGCAGGGAGUUCUUGAAAUAGAGCACUGAAUCAUACAGUUUUCAUCCCUGUUAUGAAGUGGUACACUCCUAGAAGCACUACACAACAUAUUUGCAGGUUAAUUGGAAAAACAGACCUGCUAGUUGGUGCCCCCUGAUCCUACCCUCUCCCUUCAUCCUAACCCUAAGAUCUCAGGUGGAAAAUAGUUUUAAUCUCUUUAGCUUGCUUUCCUUCAACUUGUAUUUCCAACCAUCCCCCCACACCACCACCAAACACACAGCUGGCAUUCUAUCCUGUAUGCCUUUUCAAAUCAAAAACUCUUCACUUUGCUUCAAGUGGGAGUUCUUAGAAUUUGCACAUAUUCCUUUAGUACAUCGGAACUCUUAAAGUUGGCAGUCCUGGUUUUUUUUCUUUGUUUUAUGAAGAAUCAACAUCAUCCAGUAAACGUAAAGCCCUCUAUUGUGUUUCAGUGAUUUUGCUACUUCCUAUAAAUGUUAAUAUUGCAUCAGCUCAGAACCUGACAUUUAAAAAUAUUUUAUAAGCUACUUCUGGCCCUAGACAACUUUCCAGACAAAAAUACUUAAGUAGAAGCUUUCAGCUUGGGUUUAUAUUUGCAACAAGACACUUGACAAUUAGUUUGAUAGCUAGUAGCACUGAUACGCAGUUUUAAAUAAAAUUCAAGUAGUAAGCAGAUGCACCCUUAUGUAGGAGUAAGUACCAGUUAAUGCAAUGGGAUUUGCUUCUGAGUACACAUGCGUUAAGACUGAACUUUCAAAGCAAGUUCUUGUGUAAGUUUUUCAGAAAGUGAGACUGGUAUCUGUGUUCUGGGAUAAGAUAGAGGCAUGGAUACUAAUACAUCUUGAGGAGAGGUCCUAACUCAGUGACCAGUUCUUGCUAAUAGGAACAUUAAAGGUUUUUUUUUCCCACUGCUUUCAAGUGCACAUCUUUAGUGUUACUGGACAAAGGGACAUCUAUUGGUACAGCUAGCUGGUACACCAUCAAAGCAAAUAAAAUAGCAAUGCUGUAACUUAA